UGCUUCCAACGUCCAGUGCCAACAGUACCAUAUUAACCUGACUUCGGAUGGCUUUGAUGGGAACGUUGCUUGGAAGUAAUUUCGCUGGAGCCCAGGAUUGACUCUUUCUGCAGCUGGAUUAAUUUUUCCUUUGGCUUGGAUGUAAUCUAAUUGCCGACAAUGGGGCCACUCCACAACCUCAAGGGAAUGCUGUGUUUGCCGUGGGGUCUCCCCUGAAGCUUCUGCAAAGGGGUCUAAUUUGCCAUUUUCUUCUGCUGUGGACUAUGAGGAGUGGAUGAUCUCUGCCCCAAGGUGGUCUCCCCAGGAGUAGGGGAGCCAUGCCCUGCCAACGGCGGCCGUGGUCAACCAGCGACACGCCGAGAGAGGACCUCUUCUACCAAACAUAUUACAGCCUGAGCCAACAAUACCCCCUGAUCCUCCUCCUCCUGGUUAUCGUCUUGGGCAUCUGCGUGGCUCUUAUCGUCACUUCUUUUGCCAGUGGGAGGGAAUUCUCCUCCAACCUGGACUUCCUGGUGACCUUAUUUGUCGCCCUUGUGGUCUUCAUUCUCAUCCUGGUCCUUGUGUGCAUUGAAAACCUCUUCCAGCGAUGUACCCGGAUCUUCUCGGCCAUCAUUUGGACCUGCCUGAUCACCAUGGGCUACGUCUUUGUCUUCACAGGCGGGGAGGUUAGAGCCUGGGACCAGACAUAG